UUUACUAGUAGACUUCAAUCUCUCUAUAUAUAUAAACACGACACUCCGUUUUUAGGGUUAGGGUUAAAUACUGCGGCUACUGCUUCGAUUUCCUUAGACUCUAUCUGCGCAGAACUAAGCAUCUAUCGCCAUGGGGAAGACACGAGGAAUGGGAGCUGCCCGCAAGCUGAAGUCCCAUCGUAGGAGGCAAAGAUGGGCCGACAAGGCAUACAAAAAAUCUCAUCUUGGCAAUGAAUGGAAGAAGCCUUUUGCUGGUUCAUCCCAUGCAAAGGGUAUUGUUCUUGAAAAGAUAGGUAUUGAGGCCAAGCAGCCCAACUCUGCCAUUCGAAAAUGUGCCAGGGUGCAACUCAUAAAAAAUGGGAAGAAGAUUGCUGCGUUUGUGCCAAAUGAUGGUUGCCUAAACUACAUUGAAGAGAAUGAUGAAGUCUUGAUAGCUGGAUUUGGACGAAAAGGUCAUGCCGUGGGUGAUAUUCCUGGUGUCAGAUUCAAGGUUGUGAAGGUUUCUGGUGUCUCUCUCCUGGCUCUUUUUAAGGAGAAGAAGGAGAAGCCUAGGUCUUAAAUUUGUGGGACGGAUCCUCUUUUUCUCUCUCUCUCUCUCUCUCUCUCUCUAGUUAUCCAAAAAAUUAUGAAUUUUGCUGCAUGAGACUGAAUGAGAUUUAUGAGCAAUUUUGUAUCUCUGAUAGUAAUUCUUCUGAACUUAAUUUGAUUCAUAUUACAGACUUCCUCUCCCCCUUCUUUAGACAUUGCAUGAAUCCUCUGAUCUUGACACUGUCGUUUUUGUUUUUGAGCUGAACUACUAGGAACAGUUGAUUGGCAGAUUCAAAUGUAGGAUACGAUUUAUUACUGCGGGUUUCGAUACUGACCUGUUUUUUGGCACGGAAUCAAAAUUCUCAUAGUGUUUUGUUUGGAUUUUUAACGCAAUCGUGUAUAAAUUUGUAGUUACUUCAACAGAAUAUACGAUUGCCAGAAUAUAGAAUUCCGUUGGAUAUGAUUCUAUAAUUCCUUUUUC